UCAGCCUAGAACAGAGUGAAACAUUUACAAUGACCUUUUUGUUUUUAAUCAAUUGCUUAGCAAAUACUUGGAAAAACUAUCACAAAUCUUGACGCUACCCUGCAUCUGAAAACAUAGAAUUUUUAAUGGAAACUGUAAUGGUCUCUGUGGGUGUCUACUGGUAAUUUAUUGCUUUCUAUUAGCGACAUGUUAUGUCUAGUGGAUACCCUUAAGGGCCUAUGUCCUACUAUAUAAUGGUUUUAUUCUUUAACAGCUGAUGGUUUGUAAUAGUAUUUGUAGUGGAAACCAUGUUAGGCAUGUUAUGUCUAGUGGAUACCAUUAAAGACCUAUGUCCUUAACACUUCCUACUACAUAAUAGUUUUAAUGGUUAACAGCUGAUGGUUUGUAAUGGAAUUUGUAGUGGAAUUUCAAGGAUAGUUUCUUUUGUUUUUUUUCAUUGUUUUUGUCUGUGUGGUCCUCAUUUUCUUCAUAAUGUAACUGAAUAUUUUGGAAAAGCUAAUUAAUAGGCGCCAUGACAGUAGUUCAUUACUACACUAUGGAUUUAUUGAGACACGCUAGUUGGUAUGUACCCAGUCAACUUUACUACUCAUGAUUUCAUACUGUUUUUAUAGACAAUUCAUGAACAUUGUUCAUGUGUCGCUUCUUUAAUCUGAAUUUUGUUUUAAUGACCGUAGUUGUUUUCAGGGGGACUUUUGCGCUAAGCGGAAACCGGAAGUGACGCAGUACACCGAGUGGUAAAUUCAAAAAAUCUCUUCGGCGUUUGUGGUUUGGACGGAUAAUGUUUGGAUAGUCGAUUUCAGAUUAUUUUUGAAAAGUUUCCGCGUGUAUUUUGUCUAAAAAAAACUUUGCCGUAAGGAUUUAAGUUUCGGAUACGAAAGCCUUGCAGGUAAAACGUGAGAGCAUGCCUGUAGAUGACGCCUCCGAGCUCCUCAGGUACUAUGAGGUUUAUGAAACCAUUGGCUCAGGUGGUUUCGCGAAGGUCAAACUUGGCAGACACAUCCUGACCGGCGAGAAAGUGGCCAUCAAAAUCAUGGAAAAGAAAGUCCUUGGGGACGACCUGCCUCGCGUGAAGACUGAGAUCGAAGCGAUGAAGAACCUCAGUCAUCAGCACGUGUGUCGCCUUUACCACGUCAUUGAGACGCCCAGCAAGAUAUACAUGGUUCUCGAGUAUUGUCCCGGAGGAGAGCUGUUCGAUUACAUCGUCGCGAAAGACCGUCUGACGGAGGAGGAGACCCGUGUGUUCUUCCGUCAGAUCGUAUCGGCACUGGCCUACGUCCACAGUCAGGGAUACGCCCACCGUGACCUCAAGCCUGAAAACCUGCUGAUUGAUGAGGACCACAAUUUGAAGCUGAUCGACUUUGGGCUCUGCGCCAAACCAAAGGGCGGUCUCGGUUACGAACUCAUGACGUGCUGUGGAAGCCCCGCCUACGCAGCUCCAGAACUCAUCCAGGGCAAAUCGUAUAUCGGUUCAGAGGCGGAUGUUUGGAGUAUGGGCGUGCUGCUGUUCGCCCUGCUGUGUGGCUACCUCCCGUUUGAUGAUGACAACUGUAUGGUGCUGUACAGAAAAAUCACAAGUGGCCUUUAUAAAAACCCUCACUGGCUGUCUCCUGGAAGUAUACUGCUUCUUAACCAGAUGAUACAGGUGGAGCCAAAGAGGCGUUUAACAGUCAGGCAGCUUCUGGCUCACCCCUGGGUGGUGAAGGGAUACAGCAGCCCUGUGGAGUGGCACAGCACGCGUCCGCUGGGACAUAUCGAUGAGGAUUGCAUCACAGAGAUGGCUGUGACGUUCAAGUGGUCCAAACAGAGCACCAUCCAACUGGUAUCAGAGUGGAAAUAUGACCAGACCACUGCUACGUAUCUGUUACUUCUGUCUAAGAAGCAGAGCGGGAGACCCGUGCGUCUCCGAGCGGGACAAGUCAGUACGCACAAGCUUUGUUUUAUGUUUAUGUUUUCUUUUUUCUUCUUGCGGUUAAAGAAGACCCUGCGUUUCAGUGACGACGAGGACGACGAGGACGACGCUGAAGAUGAAGGCACACAGAGAGCCGUGCUGGGGUCCAUGGUUUUCCCGAGCGAGUGCUACGACGACGACAACGCCUGGAUCCCGUUAACGCCAAGGAACACGCAGCACGCGCAGACUCCUCGCAAAAAGCCCACCUGUCAAUCAUCUGAGAAGAGGCGGGGUGAAAUAGGCCAGUCCCCUAUCGUAGACCGAGCGAAGGCACGUCCACGGGAUGGUGGGAAGCGUGAACGGGCCAGAGAGAAUAAAGAGAACUUGGCAGUGACCGAUGCCGACGGCGGCGUUUUCGCUCUGCCCGCCCCCGUCACUCCAGCGUCCAAUCGGAAAAGCCGGACCAACAGAACGGCUCAGACGACGCCCGUUAAUAACAACGUCAUACGCAAACCAGUGGAAACCCCGAAAGAAGUGGUGGGCCGGAGGGCCGGGGAACAGCAGCAAGGAGGAAAGGAGAUCCUCGUCUUAAGCCCGGAGAGAAGGUGUCGCUCGUUGGACAUGGCGGGGAGUCAGGUGGACAGCGGGCAGAAGCGCAAGGCAGGGAAGGUGUUCGGCAGUUUGGAGCGAGGCCUGGACAAAGUGAUCACCAUGCUCACUCCGAGCAAGAGGAAGGGCACGAGGGACGGACCGCGCAGGAUAAAGGCGCAGUACAACGUGACGCUGACGAGCCAGAUUAACGCAGACCAGGUACUGAAUCAGAUCCUGAGAGUUUUACCAGAGAAGAACGUGGACUACGUGCAGAAAGGUUACACACUGAAGUGUCGCACACAGUCGGACUUCGGUAAGGUGACGAUGCAGUUCGAGUUGGAGGUGUGUCUCCUGCAGAAACCCGAGGUGGUGGGAAUCCGGCGGCAGAGGCUGAAAGGAGACGCCUGGGUCUACAAACACCUGGUGGAAGACAUCCUGUCCUCCUCCAGCGUCUGAGCGAGCGUGACGUCACUUCCUGUCUCCGGUGAACAUCGUUACCGCACGUCACUCUGCACUGACUUUCGGUGUUCGACACAGCCCGAGAUUCACCUCACGUCUUAUUUUCCCAUCCUUUAUAUGUGCCUUUCUUUAUUUGUGUAGAAUAUUGUUUUGUAAAGUCUUCAUCUGAUAAGAAGGUUAAUGAAAACUGAUCAAUUACACACUUUUUUUUUUUUUUUUAAAUCCUGAUUGGGCUUUCCUGCAUCACGCGAGGCCGUUUUUAAUAACCGGCGUACUCGAGUUUACGUUUUAAGUCUGAAAGCAUUAUUCUGCUCGUCUUAAUGGUCUGUCUCGUGUUGGGACGUCUGGUCCUGUUUGUUUGUAUCAUGUUUCUAUGUCUCUGUCGAGUCCAGUUUUAUAAUAUUAAAAUAAGCGGUAUUGGUGUGUAGCAGAAUAAAGCAGUU